UACAAAACCUCUGGGUGGACAUUGUGCACUGCUGAAGGAAAAACACAACAGUGAUUGAUAACAUAGAAAACAAAUGUGCAAAACCGAACGGACCAAGUAAUACUAUGAGCAGAGUCACUAUCCUGGCAUCCAAAGCGCUGGUCGGUGCACUAGGUGUUGUAUAUACAGUGUUUUCAGUGAUUUCCCCAGGAGAAGAAAGGAAGAAGGAAUUAAUUCAAAAUUUCCCUGAAGCUAACCCAGUGAGAAUGGAGGAUACAAGGAGGAGAAAUGCCCUUGUGAUGCAGUCGCUUAAAGAUGCUGCUGAGGACAGUGACUUGGACAGAGCAUUUGAGGUGGCCAGAAAUGGACCAUGGGUGUGCAGAAAAGGACACCAGAAAUAGAGAAAUGAUCAACCUGCUGCCUUCUAUUGAACGUCCAGAUGAAGGGACAGAUGACUUCUACAGAGUGGAAGUGUAGGCCCUGCCUCAAACUUAUGUGCUCUCUGUCACUUGGGGCUGCAUGGGAAUUUGCCCUAAAACAGCCCUUCCCCCUUUUGAGGGGCCAAAAUGUAUCUCUCCCUCUCUACAGUAUCCAGCCGACUGACAAUUGGAAUGUGUGAGAAUAAUACUAUAGCAUCCAUGUUUGUUAUCUAUUUGAAAGUUGUUCAUUGAGAAGAACUAACUAAUACCUUGGAUUCUCUCUCAUUACCUUCUCAUUACCAUCUUAUUGCACAUGGUUUUACUAUAUUAAAUGGAGUCAGAUAGUAAGAUGUAUUAAAUGUAGAUUGUUAAAUAUUAUUAUCCCUACAGUAGUUACUGAGGCAAAUCGUCUGCCAUAGGCCUAUAAUCUUGAUGUUCACUUCCUGUUAAAAGACACAAGAUGUUUGCUCUGACUUUGGGUAUGAAUGUAAAGGAGUGCAAGUGCUUUGUUUCAUCACAUAAGAUAGUGUUAAAAAUAAAAAAUAUCAGUUU